AUGGCCAACUCAGAAGAAUACAAAACUACGAAUGUGGUAAUCUGUGGAUGCGGCCUAGCUGGUGCAAUGCUCUCUGCGUAUCUGGGUCAAACGUCUAUCAAAAAUGUUGUGGUAAAAAAUAAGCCCGAUAUAACUACGGACCCGCGAGGCAUUGCCCUAGAUGAAGACGGAAUUCGGCUAUUGCAAGACAUGGGUUUAUUCAAGUUUAUUGAUGGCAUAGCGCUAGAUCUGAGCAGGAAGCCGUUUUUCGAGAUGGACUAUAAUACAAGAGUGGGUGACACGGCUCACGUCGGAUUUAUCUGUCACGACCAGCCGGUACUGGAAAGAUACUUGUGCAACAAGAUGGCAGCGAACGGACAUAGUGACCUUCGCUCUGGUUGUACCAACGAUGUGCAGUAUCCGGAGGAUUGUAUCAAGGCCUUGAGAUCCCGGCCUUUCAAAUUUUCGGCUAGAAGCUGCAACAAAUGGUCUGGUGGCCGCGUUGUUCUCUGUGGAGAUGCUCACGUAUUCCCACCGUGGGAUUGCUUCUGGACGCCUCUGCAAGCAUCUAUCCAAGGAUUGACACUUCCUCAUGAAAAGUUUCUCGCUGCCUGGUAUCUGGAACGUAAACAACAAUUCAAGAAAUCAUUAGCACUCACAAUCCGGAAUGCCAAAGUCGUUACCGAAAGUAACCCAAUCAAAACCCUCUUUCGCAAUUGGACACUGUGGUUCAUGCAAUUGAAUCCCUCAUGGCACCAUCAGCUGCGUCAGGGUCCACGCGCGCCGAGAGGGUCUGAUUCGAUAUCAACACUCUGA